CCACAAUGCUAAAAAUCAAAAGGAUUGACUGCAAGAGAAAAUUGAGAGAGGACACCAUGCUCCUUGCGAUGUUCCUCUGUUAGAUACACCCAGCUUAUUUUCCAGUUGAACCUAGCUCCUGGCAGCUAGGUAUAAGAGCGCAAGCACGACUCUCACGCCAACACGAAGCCUUCAUAACCUUUCUCAGCGCAGGUUCUACAGGUCUUCAUGUACCGCGGAACACCCCCGAGAUAGUUCAAUGACUCUCGUGGCUUUCCUGGAAUGUUGUCUCCCAUGUACCACUGGCUUGAGUGUUAGCAUACGAGGAAUCACCCUGGGCUUUGGGGGAAGAGGUUUGCGCAGAGAAGAGUGGGAAAACAGGAAACGGGCAAUAUCAACAUGGAUAAACUUACCGAUUUAGCGGUAGGAAGCAAACUAGCAUGCGCAAAGUCGUGGACAUCCUGUUUCCAAGCUGCUUCCGCCUCGAGUGUUGCAUCGAUGGUCGAAAGGUUCUUCUCCCGCAUAUAAUUCAUGCAGUCGGCAAUCCAAUUGCCCUGCAGCUCCGCACAAGUCGGGCCGUUGCAGAGCGCAGUGGGCGCCUGGGGACCAUAGGUGAAGAACAUGUUGGGGAAGCCAGAGACAGACAUUCCCAAAUAGGUGAGGGAGCCAUUAACCCACUUGUCAGUGAGGGAAAUACCGGAGGGUCCGCGGAUAUCGAUCUGUUUCAUGCCACCCGUGCAGGAAUCGAAGCCCGUCGCGAGGAUCAGGAGGUCAGCCUCAACCUCUUUCUCUGUGGUUUUAAUGCCCUUUGAAGUGACUUCUACAAGAGGAUGCGUUUUAAUAUCUAACACAUCGACGUUGUCUUGGUUGAAUACGUCGUAAUAGUCCUGUUCCAGGGAGACGCGCUUGCAUCCAAAUGCGUGGGGCUGGAUCAUGGGUGCAAGAAUGUCUCGUUUCCUGGGAUCCUUGAUACGCUGGCGGGUCUUCUCCCUCCAGAAGUUAUAGGCCUCUUCGUUGGAUUCUUUGACGAAAAGCAUGUCCUGAUAGGUUGCGAGCCAGAAGCUAAAGUCGCCUUGCUUCCAGAGCUCUUCAUAGAACUCGCGGCGCUUUUCAGGGGAAUCAUCGAAUGUGUUCCUUCCCUUGAAGUCCCACAUGAACCCUCCGAAGGUUGUCGGUCGUAUUUUGAAAAGGUCUGGAUACUGAUCUCGGGGUUGUUUCUGUUCUCCGUUGGUGUAUUUCUUUUGCGCCAUCGGAAGAGCAAGAUUUGGGGUUCGUUGCAGUACCGUGACCUCCUUUGCAACCUUUGCGGCUUCCUGGGUGAUUUGCACUCCGGUCGAACCGGUUCCCAUGAUUAUUACCUGCUUGCCGGUCAUAUCCAAACCUUCCUGGGGCCAGAAAGAGGAAUGCAGCCAUUGGCCCUGGAAAGUAUCCAGACCUUUCAGGUCUGGUGUGUAUCGUUUCGAUGCAAAGCCAGUAUUGAGCAAGAGGAACUUGGCCUUAAAAGUUUCAGAGCCUUGAGUUGUAACGUGCCAUUUCUUGUCAUUAUCAUUGAAGAUGGCGGAAGCGAUUGUGGUGUCGAAGAGGCAGUCUUUGCGAAGGUCAAGCUUUUGGUCCACAUGUGCAAAGUACUUUCGAAGUUCCGGCCCUCCAGGGAAACGUUCGGACCAAGUCCAUUCCUUCCAGAUCUCAGGCAUCGAAAACUCAUAGUGUGGGAUAUCAGAGUCCACUCUUGCUCCAGGAUAGCAAUUCCAGUACCAAACACCUCCAAAAUCAGACCCGGAUUCAACGAGUUUGGUCUGAUAUCCUUCAUUCCUCAACUUCCACAGUUGAUACACUCCGCCGAAACCGGCUCCGACAAUAAGGGCGUCGAGUUCGGUCAUGGUGUUUGGAGAUUGUGGUGGCAGAUUCUAGGUGAUUACAAUCUUGAAAAUCGACAAUCCUUGAAGAAACUGAAAACUGAGGGGAGGAUGGCUUUUAUAAAUUUCGAAUCGUCACCAAUUUCAUCUGUUGGGGUCAUGGGAAAGAAACCCCGCAAUCCUUGGUCCCGCAUGGAUGGUCCGCCAUAGCGCGCAUGAUUGGUAGAGAGAUUAUUUGAAAGUUAGCUGGCCUAUACGUUGGUCUUUCGUUCUUCUCCUCUUUUGGGAAACUGUUUUGAUUGGACGCUCUUUGAAUUUCGGCUCUCAAGUCGGCGGUCGGUUUCAACGGCCCAUCCACGCAGGUGAGGGGUAAAUUGUGGUCAUCUUGGAUCGUCUUUGCACCAUAAGCUCGAUUUUUCAUCAAGGAUGUGCUAGUCGGCAAGCUCCUACAAUUAUACGAGCUACCUCCUCGCAGCGGUCCCUUUUGCAAACGCUCAUUCUCUCUUGAUACCAUGAAAAUAUCAUGAAUAUCGCCCCCCAGGAAUGUUCUAGGAACAUGCCAGAAAUACAUGCCCAGGAUUAUUAAAAGUGGGCGCCUCUCUCCUUCAAUGUUGCCUUCCAAAAAGAGAAUGAAUGAAGUAGAACGGUACACUCACUCCGCACAGGAGCUGCCAGAGCCAAUUUAAUGCUUGUCUCGGACCUCAUUCUUGGCGGGAUUAGCACAAAAAAUACCACCAGCUUAAGACUGGCCCAAGUUUCAGGGGCGUUCGUAAGGCUCAGGACGUCUGGGACGCUCCCUCCUAGGGGCCAGGGUGCAAUGAGCAGUGCGGUUCUUCGGGACCUUGGCCAGUUGAUGAGCAUUUGAGUCGUCCUCCCCAAGGACGACGGAAACGCAAAGGGGUCCCAUGCAAUUUCAUCAAUCUGCCGUCACAAGGGUUCGGAGAGUACCUUGUCAUCGUGCGCGGCUUGAGUAUUUUUUUGAAGGCGGACGCUAAAAAUGGCGGCACGUUGCCGAUCACAGCUUCGGAUUUAGCUGGCCGUUCGGGCCGCUUUCCCGGUUCCCCAAGGGUCCCGCGUUUACCCAAAAUAAUCCUAAAAUAAUCGUCAGCAGCAGUCUACUGGCUCCCGCUUCGCCCUUGGUGGGUCGCGAGACUCCAGCCGGAAUGUGACAGGUAACUAACUGCUGAUCUGGCCACUAGCUUCGAGUUUCCAAGGCCCUUCAAUUUGUCUCGAACCAGCUGGCGGUUUGAAAGUUGGUGACUAAGCUAAAUUAGCUCCGAGGCUAGUAACCCCUGGGGGGGCUCGUGAACAUGACCGGUCAACAGCGGGAUCCGAAAUCUCAGUCCUCCUCUGUCCCUAACCCUUUCAAGACCCUGACAAGUUGGCUGAUAACAGAACGAGACCUCUCCUUUCUCAUUAUUCGCCUGUCAGAGCGUAAAAGCAGGUUCAGCCGUUAGGGCAAACGUUCGCUUGCGGUCCAUGCUUGGCUAGUGAACUUUCCAUAUCUCGGAGCCGACAGAUGGUUCUUGAAACACGAGACGCUUGUUCAUGGCGAAAGGAUAAAGGGUCCGAGCGUUGGGUAUCACGCCCCGUUCGGUGCUCUCUUCCGGCCCAAUCGUCUGAACAUGAAAGGUUAUUGAUUAUGUUGGAGCUUGGAGUCAUGUCCUGCUCUCUAGAAGCGGGUUCUUGUUCUUGUGAAGAACCAAGGCAUGCGCCAUGCAAUAUUUUAUGGCAGCGAGACGUUUGGUAUGCACGGGUUUAGAAAGAGUCACAACUAAGUUAACGGGGUAAAGAGGCCAUCAUGCUAUUCGCUGGUCAAACCCACAGCCUUCAGGUCCAGCAAAUGAACGCCUUAGUACUUUCCCGCAAACCAAAUCCCGAAAACGGGGGUCCAGCGCUUCUCUCCUCGAUACUGACAGGAAAAUAGUUUGAUGAUCCGCAAGGGCCAGAGAACUUUCCGCUUUUCCCAAACGUGAUACGCUGCGCUUGGUUGGGCUUCGCCCAGGUUAUAAUUUUUUUGGCGGCCGCCUCGGUUCCCGCUUGCCACUACCCUGGGCCGCUAGGUUCUUGGACAUCCCCAUGCUCUCCUCCGGCUGCAACCUGUAUGCGUACUCUUUUCGACAGUUUGAUAGAAGGAUCUGCGAGGAAAGAAAUUCUCCAGUUGACUGGACAUCGUCCUUUGAUUCUGGAAGCCUAGUCCAUAAAGCGAUUAGAAAAUAUCUAGUGAGGAAUAUAAUUUGUUCUGGGGAAUGAAAUUGCUAUUCCGACUCACAGCUCUCUCUGCCUUCUAAGGUUGAACAUCCCUGAAAACGGGAGAACAUCCAACACAGGACAGACGUUACUGUUCAUCGCUCGUUCUAUAAUAGCCUCAAACAACAUAUUUUAUAUAUCGCCGUGAAUCUCACAUUCGCAUCUGCCUUCUACAUUCUUUUCAUUUCUUCACAAUCUUUUACGAACCUUUUUUACUCUCUUUUUUGUUAAUCAUCAAGUUUAAAUCACACUUUUUCUGAGAUCCCCUAGCCUUGUGAAUUUUGCCCAUCAUGGGAGGCUCCCUGAGCGCCCCGAGUCCGCUAAUCGAAACUUGGGCAGAAUUUUCCGCAGGCUCUUGUAUUAUCCUCCUACGUAUCUUCACCAGAUUGAAGCUGGUUGGCUUCCGUGGCCUCAAGCCCGACGACUAUUUGAUUAUUCCUGCUUGGUUCUCCUAUGCUGGCAUGACAGCAAUGGCUCAUAUUGUAGGGUAUGCUGGAGACAAUGGUAAUAUACCCGCAGCGCAGAGAGCCGCAAUGUCUGAAGAGGAGAAAGCGCUUCGAUCCCUUGGCUCAAAAUGUUUCAUGACGGGCUGGUACACAUACAUUGGCCUUAUCUGGACAUUGAAAAUGAACAUGCUUUUCUUUUACAAGCGCGUGGUCAAUGGUCUUUGGGUUGAAAGGUUCAUCCUCCCCGCCCAGCUCAUUGUAGGAGCCACGGGCGCAUCGAUCCUGCUCCUAUUAGGAUUUACAUGCCGCCCUUUCCACAAGCUGUUUCAAGUUUACCCGGACCCUGGUCCACUCUGCACACCUCAAAGUCUAGCCUUCUUAAUUCCUAUUCUCAUAAUGAACGUGUUGACCGAUAUGAUGAUCAUGGCCAUUCCCUUACCGGUUCUCGCCAAAAUGCGGGUCUCCCUCGGCCGGAGAAUCGGUAUUUUUAUCCUGUUCGGAGCUACUAUCUUUAUCAUGAUUGCUGCCUGCCUUCGUGUUUACUUUGUGAUCGCUUUAAAAACCGGACCAACUGCAGCCAUCUGGUCAUGCAGAGAAGACCUGGUGGCUGUAUUCAUCGGAAAUGCGCCCAUCAUUCGGCCACUUUUUAGCAGAAAGAUAUGGCUCGGUGGCUACAAGAAUGGUAGUAAACCCUCUGGCUAUGAAACCGGGAGCUCCGUUGAACUGUCUGGAAAAUUCGCGAGCGAUCGAUCGAACAAACGGAACAGCCGAUCCUUUUACUCGAGGGACAUGAAGCCCACCACCGUCGACUCUGACAGCAUGGAGAGAAUUGUGGACAGCAGCAAGGACGGUGAUUUACCUGCCAUGGUAAUUCAGGUGCGGAAGGACGUGCGAGUUGAUGAGGAUGUUGAGGACAAUACCAGCGUAGGGAAGGUGUGGCAACAAAGUUACCGGGACAAUUUCAAGCACCCUUGACUCAUCGAGCGCAGAGCACGCUCUGAGACCUAUCCUCGGGGUUAUUUUUCCUCGAUUGGAGCGGGCGUUGACAAUACAUCAUCCGCCGGCUCCACGACGGCUAUAAACCAUAGCAAUCGCACGGCGUUUUCUUCACUGUUUUAGGGGGCAUCCAUGGAUAGAUGAGCAGAAGGCCUUCCAAUGUUGACAUCAUUCCCUAAAGAGACUGAUAGAUCUAAAAAAGCUCGACUGGUGUAUAUACCUUCCAUUUAUUUUUUCAUGGAUUUUUUGUACUUCUACUUCCUUCUAUUCGGUCAUUGAGCUUUGGCUUCUCAAGAAGGAAAAGAAAUAUUCAUAACACAUACAUAUAGAACAAGUCUGUUGGUUGGGUACCACAAGCGAAUUAAGAUUACAAUCUCUAGAAGCCUUUCCAUUCGUCUCUACGAUUCAGCUCUGCCGUUGCUUCAUUUUCCGCGCUGAGGGACACAAAUUCCCCCCAUACAGGAUACGUGCAACAGCUCAUUUGACGAGUGUUGGGAAUGUUGUCAUAUGAUGUUCCAGAGGCCGUUUUCAGAGUCUGUUGUGCCUAAACUCACCCGCCUGGGCUAAAUCAAUCCCUGAGAAAAGGAAAUUUCCUUUUUUUGUUCACCCAUCUUCAAGCCUCUUUGUUACAAAAUCAUAAAUCACAAAGUGGUGAUACACUCCAAGUCUUACUGUGUGAACUUCUGCUGUUUGUAAUCUGCAGAUCAGGGUGUGUUUGAUUGCACAUACAAGUCUGUAUAAUCUUGUUUAAAAGACUCAUUUACUCACUCUAUUCAAUAUUAUCUGCACAGGAAGAUCUUAUAUUCAGUCUGUCAUUCUAAUAUCUCUUUUUUUUUUCUUAUUUACAGAGUAUUAAUCUUCAAAAGU